GAUUUAAUUUAGUCAUAAUAUUCAAUUAUUUCAGUUUUAAGUUUAACCUUUGGGUUUUAACACUUUCUUAACAGACCAGUGUUCUUCCUGUUUUUAAAAUGUCUAAGAAAAAGAUUGAAGAUUUAGAUUUAUACGGACUACUUGAUAUCCAAAUAACAGCUACCGAGGGAGAGAUCAAAAAAGCAUAUAGGAAAAAAGCCCUUCUGUGCCAUCCAGAUAAAAAUCCAGACGAUCCAAAGGCUGCAGAGACUUUUCAUGAAUUAUCCAAUGCUCUUGAAAUAUUAACAGACACUGCAGCUAGAGCUGCUUAUGAUAAAGUAAUAAGAGCUAAAGCAGCUGCCAAAUUGCGACAUAAAGAAUUAGAUAGUAAGAGACAGAAACUGAAAGAAGAUUUAGAGAGACGUGAACAUGAAGCUAGUUCAGGUCUAAACCUAACUGAUGAACAGAAGCUCGCAGCAGAAAUUGCAAGAUUACAGAAAGAAGGUAGUCGUCUUCUACAAGAAGAACAGCAGAGAGUAAAGGAGGAAGUUCAAAGAACUAUAAACAGGCUCAAUGAACCAGUUUGGGAUUCCAGUUUAAAUAGGUUAAAAAUUAGUUGGAAAGUAGAUAAAGAUGACGAAAGUAAUGGUGGAUAUGAUGAAUCAAAUUUAAAGAGGUUUCUUAAGAAAUAUGGUGAAAUUGUUGCAAUAAUUAUGUCACCCAGGAAAAAAGGCAGUGCAUUAGUGGAGUUUGCAUCAAAAGAGGCUUCAGAAAUGGCGUUGGAAUUUGAAAAGGGUCUCCCAGAAAACCCAUUAAAAUUCAAGUGGGUCAACAACAGGCCAAUAUUAACAACAAUGAAGGACAAGCCAGCAAUGAGUUCAGUAGUAACAGAUAGAGAUUAUGAAUCAUUAGUGUUAACCAGAAUACGCCAAGCAGCAGAAAGGCAAAGAAUUAUUGAUGAAAUGAUGAAAGAAGAUCAACAAGGGAAAUGAUGAAGAAUAAAUACUUUAAAGAAUGUAA